AUGAGAAAGAAGGACCUUCCACCCCCUCCUAUUCCCGAUGUCCACUGGUCCGUGGAUAUGACAUGGAACUUGCUGUCAGAGGUCAAGAAAGACGAGAACAGGCUUGUUUUACUGGGGAAGCGGGACAAGAAGGAAGAUAUUCUGGACAAGGUAAAGCAGCGCAUCGUCUCCUGA